AUGGCGACGAGCCCCGGACCCUCUCGGAUCCGUGCCGAACCGGAUGCGGCACCGGUAGCAGACCCUUACGCUAUAAAGUACGAAGCGCUGCGCGAGAAGUACGCCUAUGUCCUGGAGAGCAACAACCUGAUCCGCAACCGACUUCACCACGUCAAGAAGGAGGUCAUCUACCUUGGACGCCUGAAGCGUGUCCUAUGUAACAGAUUGCUCGCCGUCGGAGAUCCUUACUACCUGGGCGUCUUGGAAAUUACUGACGAUGACUACAUCGCCAACCAGGAACGUGCGAACAAGAAGAAGGCAGCUGCGAUGGUGAAUCAGCACGAAUUUCCAGGGCCAGAACCACAGAACGAGUUUGCCGAUUGGGUUAUGAAUCAAUUGGACACUGAGGAGAUCGAUCCAGGUAGCAGUCCGGAUAUACAACUCUUCGAAAACGACCCGAUGAUGAGGAACCUAAUGCCAGGUCCCAGCGAGCCGAGAAAACGACGCAAGAAAAUGAGCCCUGAACAGAUUUGCACAAAAGCGAAGAGGGAUAAAAAAGAACGAAAAGUCGAUUUUGCCCUCGAAGCGCUUUUUGAUCAGCUACCAAGCACAUCAGACGCACACAGCUCUAAUCCUGGGUCGCCA